AUAUGCUUGCAGAGAAGACAAAAAUGUUCAUGGGUAAACAAAUUAGCAGGUUGGCUACAAAAUGUAAUUGCUAGUUAUGACUCAGACGCUACCUGCAGACUGCAGUUACAAUUAUCCUCCGAGACACAAUACAAAUAUAUAUACAAUCACACUCAUCAGUUGUAUAUUCUCUUUUGCCAAAAAUCGAUGAUGACCAAGUCAGCUGCUUAACCUCCAAAUGCCAAUCCAUAUAAAUAUUAGGUUAACCUCCAAGUGAUACCAGCUUUCAAUCUCCAGUCUAUAUGUAGACGACAGAGAUGCAAAUCUAGCUUAAGCAUCCAGGUGGUUAAUUACCUUCUCUACUAAUCAGCCAUGAGCUCAAUGUUCCUAAUCAUCCUAUCAUGCAUGCUUCUCCUUUCUAAUUCUGGCAGAACAACUACAGGUGCAGAGCUAGGUGACACUCUUGGCAAGGGCCGGAACAUCACCGACGGCGAGAGGCUCGUCUCCGCCGGCGGCUCAUUCACGCUGGGCUUCUUCUCGCCGGCGUCGUCUUCGUCGUCGAGCACCAGCCGGAGAUACCUCGGGAUAUGGUUCUCCGUCUCCGACGACGUCGUCUGCUGGGUCGCCAACCGCGACCGCCCUCUCACGGACACCUCCGGCGUGCUGGUGAUCACCGACGCGGGGAGCCUCCUCUUGCUCGAUGGCUCUGGCCACGUCGUGUGGUCGUCGAACACGACGACCGGGGGCGGCGCGUCCAUGGCGGCGCAGCUGCUCGAGUCGGGAAACCUCGUCGUCAGUGACCGCGGCAAUGGCGGCGCGGGCGCUGUCGUCGUGUGGCAGUCGUUCGACCACCCGUGUGACACGCUGCUCCCCGGCAUGAAGAUCGGCAAGAACCUGUGGACCGGCGCCGAGUGGUACCUCUCGUCGUGGCGUUCGUCCGGCGACCCGUCGCCGGGGAACUACCGGUACAGGACGGACACGAAGGGCGUGCCGGAGAACGUGCUCUGGGACGGCGACGGCGAGGUGUACCGGACGGGGCCGUGGAACGGGCUGUGGUUCAGCGGCAUCCCGGAGAUGGGGACGUACUCCGACAUGUUCAGCUACCAGCUGACGGUGAGCCCCGGCGAGAUCACCUUCGGCUACUCCGCCAACGCCGGCGCGCCGUUCUCCCGCCUCGUGGUGACGGGCGUCGGCGAGGUCCAGCGGCUGGUGUGGGAGCCGAGCAGCCGGGCAUGGAAGAACUUCUUCCAGGGGCCGAGGGACCUGUGCGACGACUACGGCAAGUGCGGGGCGUUCGGCCUGUGCGACGCCGGCGCGGCGUCGACGUCGUUCUGCAGCUGCGUGGAGGGCUUCACCCCGGCGUCGCCGUCGCCGUGGAAGAAGAUGAGGGACACCUCCGCCGGGUGCCGGCGAGACGCGGCGCUGGGCUGCGCCACGGACGGCUUCCUGACGGUGCGCGGCGUGAAGCUCCCCGACGCGCAUAACGCGACGGUGGACAAGCGCGUCACGGUGGAGGAGUGCUGGGCGCGGUGCCUCGCCAACUGCUCGUGCGUCGCCUACGCCCCCGCCGACAUCGGAGGCGGCGGCGGCUGCGGCGCCGGGAGCGGAUGCAUCAUCUGGGCCGACGACCUCGUCGACCUGCGCUACGUCGAUGGAGGACAAGAUCUCUACGUGAGGUUGGCGAAAUCUGAGUUAGGCAAAGAUGGUAUUCGGCAACGGCGGCCUCCAGCUGCUGUGGUUAUUGGUGCAUCCAUUGCUUCAGUUGUUGGGGUUCUUCUCAUUAUUUUGUUGGUCCUCCUAUAUGUGAUUAGGAGGCGUCAGAGGCCUAGAGUAUCAGAUGAUGAUGCGGGCGUUCCAGCUGCUACUGCUGCUGUUCAUGCUCGUCCUAAUCCUGCUUUGGCUGCCCCUUCAAUUAAUCUGUCUAGUGUGAAGGAGGCUACAGGGAAUUUCUCUGAAAGCAAUAUCAUUGGCAGAGGUGGUUUCGGCAUUGUCUAUCAGGGGAAGCUGCCCAGUGGUAGAAAGGUUGCUGUAAAGAGGCUCACACAGUCUCUUGUUACUGACAAACGCAAGGAGGAUUUCAUAAGAGAGGUGGAGAUGAUGUCGAACACAAGGCACGCCUACCUUGUUGAGCUGCUCUGUUACUGCCAAGAAGGAGGCGAGAUGAUACUAGUCUAUGAAUACAUGGAGAACAUGAGCUUGGAUCUCUACAUAUUUGGAGAAGAUCGUAGACUGCGAGCCUCUCUGAAUUGGGUGCAAAGAUUAGACAUAAUCCGCGGGAUCGCCAUAGGUGUCGAGUACCUUCACAACGUGAAAGUUAUUCACAGGGAUCUGAAACCAUCCAACAUACUCCUAGAUGACAAUCGGAGACCUAAGGUAGCAGACUUUGGCACUGCCAAGCUGUUUAUCAACGACCAGACUGAUCCAACAUUAGUUCUGUCAGCGGGCUACAUAGCUCCAGAAUAUGCAGCUCAAGGAAAUCUGACGCUCAAGUGCGAUGUGUAUAGCUUUGGAGUUGUGUUGCUAGAGAUAAUCAGUGGUAAAAGGAACAGGACAUUACCAACUUUUCUUCGUGAGACCUGGGAGUCUUGGAAACAGCAUGAGAUCGAGGACAUUCUUGAUUUAGGACUGAUCAAACCUGAGCCUGAUCUCCUGCUUGGGCUAGACAGGUGCAUCCAAAUUGGGCUUCUCUGCGUACAGCAAUCUCCCGAUGACAGGCCUACCAUGAAUCAGGUUGUCUCAAUGCUAACCAAAUACAGUUCACAGAUAGCCAUGCCCAAGAAUCCCAUGAUCAACAGCAGAUGCGAGCCUUCAGUUUCACAAGUAGUAUCUGACACAGAGCCGGCCUCACACGACAGACCUGGGCCGAGCCUGAACUGACCGUCUCGUGCUUGGCUCGGCAUGUCACAGCUCACAAGAAAUCGCAUUGGAUAGAGAGAGUUUGCUGUUGUUUGUGGCCCCCUGAACCUUCUUCUCAGCUAUUCCUGUGUUGAUUAGUGUACUUAUCCCCAUGUCCCAGCGUCAGAACGCCGUCAACACUGAAAAAUUCGGGUUUCUGAUGAACGGAGGAAAAUCCAUCUCGUGUCCUUGAGGUCUUUCGGACUAUUCUUAAGCUUCAGCAAUCAUGUGUACAGAAAUCGUUGUAGGAAGUUUUUGCACACAA